AUGAGUGAUAUGGAAGACGAUGAUUUCGUCUUUGACGACUAUGAAUCCGACGGACAGUCAAUGAGCGAUGAUGAUGGCAUUCCUUUCGAGCCAACCGAUCAAAGCAGCGCGGAAUACAGAGAUGUCGACAAUGAUACUGUCGUUAUGACAAGUGAAAUGCUCGAAAGAGAGAUGAAAGCGACAAUCUCGGACGUGGUCUCGGUGCUUCAGGUCCCGGCGGGAAUGUGCCGAAUUCUAUUGCAUAAGUACAAAUGGAACAAGGAGAGCCUUCUCGAGAGAUUCUAUGAACAUCCGGACACCAACGCAUUCCUUCUUGACGCACAAGUGAUCCCGAACAAACCCGACAAUGGGCCGGUUGGGAUAAUCAAAGGCGAAUGCGAUAUUUGUUGUACGCUUAGUGAUUUGUCGGGUUUGGCGUGCAAUCAUCGCUCUUGUGCGGCGUGCUGGAGACAAUACCUUAACACUAAAAUCCUUACCGAUUGCACCAGCGAAAUUGAGUGUAUGGCAACUGGAUGCAAAUUAUUGGUAGAGGAUGAAAAAGUAAUGUUCUACAUUCACGAUGAGCAAGUUCGUGCGGCUUAUCGUCGCCUGGUAGUCGCCAGCUAUGUUGACACAAAUCGCCUUUUGAGAUGGUGCCCGGGUGUGGAUUGUGAAAAAGCUGUCAAAGUUUCGCAUUGCGAGCCGCGUCUUGCUAUAUGCACUUGUGGCAUGCGAUUUUGCUUCUUUUGCGGCAACGAGUGGCACGAGCCGGUGAAUUGUCGAUUGUUGAAGCUCUGGAUGAAGAAAUGCUCUGAUGACAGCGAAACUAGUAACUGGAUUAAUGCUAAUACGAAAGAAUGCCCUAAAUGCCAGGUUAUUAUCGAAAAAGACGGCGGAUGUAAUCACAUGACGUGCAAAAACAUUUCCUGUCGUUUCGAAUUCUGCUGGAUGUGCCUGGGACCAUGGGAACCGCAUGGCUCCAGCUGGUACAACUGCAACAGAUUUGACGAUUCCGCUGCUCGACAGGCCAGAGAUGCUCAGGAGCUUUCAAGAGCCAACUUGCAGCGCUACCUUCAUUACUACAAUCGCUACAUUGGUCAUCAGCAGAGUCUCAAAUUGGAGGGAAAACUAUACAAUACUGUCAAGCACAAGAUGGAGCAAAUGCAACAUUCAUCGAUGUCGUGGAUCGAGGUGCAAUUUUUGAAGAAGGCUGUCGACGUUCUCUCGGAAUGUCGUCGAACACUGAUGUUCACCUAUGCGUUUGCGUAUUACUUGAAAAAGGAUAAUAAUUCGGAAAUUUUUGAAGAUAAUCAAAAGGAUCUUGAAAUGGAAACGGAGAAGUUGUCUGAAUUUUUGGAGCGCGAUUUGGAGAACGAGAAUUUGGUUACUCUUAAGCAGAAGGUUCAAGAUAAAUAUCGCUACGUCGAGCAUCGUCGCGUUAUUCUACUCAGACACUGCCAGGAAGGAACCGACCGCGACAUGUGGAAUUAUAAUGAAUAA